AUGUUUAAUUGUUUUCUAUCCAAUAUAGCCACCUUAUCUAUGGCAACAUCCGGUUCUCACAUAGGCUGGACAUCACCGACGCUACCGAUACUGAAGUCUCCUGAUUCUCGUGUACCAUUAACCUCCGAUGACGCUUCAUGGAUUGCUUCGUUUGCUCUCCUGGGUUCGAUACCUGGGACCAUUUUUGCGGCUUUCAUAGUAGAUUGGCUCGGACGUAAAAUCUGUCUCUUGAUAGCAGGAAUACCGCUUACUGUCAGUUGGAUUUUGAUCAUCAUAGCCUGGAAUCCUUACAUUCUGUAUGUCUCGAGGUUCGUUAGCGGAUUUGGCAUCGGCGUGGCGUACGUUGUGUGUCCUAUGUACAUUGGCGAGAUUGCUGACAAGGAAAUCAGAGGAUCUUUGGGCUCUUUCAUUAAACUAAUGGUAACAUUUGGCGAAUUAUACGCCCACGCAAUUGGUCCUUUCGUCUCGUACGAGUGCCUGGCUUACAGUUGCGCUGUAAUACCAAUAUUCUUCUUCCUAUCAUUUAUCUGGAUGCCUGAAUCUCCUUAUUAUUUGUUAAUGAAGAAUCGCGAUGAUAAAGCAAUGAAAAGUUUAAGGCUACUCAAGAGGUACGCGACAGAAGACCAGUUGGAUGAAGAUAUGGAACAAAUACAGAAGACCGUGAUCCGUGAUCUUACUGAUAAAGGGCACUUCUGGGAUCUUUUUAAUACUCCUGGCAAUCGAAAAGCUGUAUUGAUUAGUUUUGGCCUUCAGGUGGUACUUCAAUUUAGUGGGAUAGCUGCGAUAGAAUCGUACACUCAAGAAAUCCUCGAGGAAGCUGAUACAGAUUUGCAUGCUGGAACAGCGGUGAUCAUUUUAAGCGUUCUGCAGCUUAUUGCUGGAGUUGGAGCUGCAGCAUUGGUAGACCAACUCGGAAGGAGACCGUUACUUCUAGUCACAACAUUUCUUGGUGGAUUGUCCUUGGCUGUAACUGCAAUAUUUUACUUGCUCAAGUUCCGAAUAUUAGUAAACAUGGCUGACGUCGGCUGGAUUCUUCAUGCCUCUGUGAUAUUUUACGAAUUGAUUAUUGCGUUAGGUUUAAAUCCAUUGCCUUAUAUGAUGCUUGGUGAACUUUUCCCAACAAAUGUGAAAGGGACUGCCGUGUCCUUAGCAAAUUUAUGGGGUUCGUUAUUGGCAUUUAUUGUUUCUAAAAUGUACCAAGUAAUCUCUGAUUCUUAUGGGGUUUAUACAUCCUUCGGUUUGUUUGCGAUUAGUUGUUUCAUUGGAAUCAUCUUUAUCGUUCUUAUGGUACCAGAAACGAAAGGGAAAUCGUUGUUGGAAAUACAAGAGGAACUAAAUUGUAAGAAGAGAAAACAGAAAAAAGGUGUAAUGAAAAUGCAAGAAGUCCGUGUAAGUACUUUGACUUAG